UUUCCGACUCAGAGGGACGUGAGAAAGUGAAAUAUCCUGUGCUUUCUCAAAACAACGGAUAUUUAUUAAAAAAGAGAAAAAAAAGGAAAAAUACGUUUUCUCUCUAACAUUGAAUUUAAUAAGCUAAAAAAUGGUUUUGUACAAUUUCAAGAAAAUUGCGGUUGUCCCAACUGCAAAGGACUUCAUUGAUAUAAUCUUAUCAAAAACACAACGGAAAACACCAACUGUUAUUCACAAACAAUAUAAGAUCACGAGGAUACGUUCUUUCUACACGCGAAAGGUGAAAUUCACUCAACAGAACUUUCAUGAUAAAUUAUCUCAGAUAAUACAAGAGUUUCCCAAGUUGGAUGAUGUUCAUCCAUUCUACGCUGACUUAAUGAACGUUCUGUAUGAUAAGGAUCACUAUAAGUUGGCUCUUGGACAGAUAAAUACAGCGAGACAUUUAAUUGACAAUGUAGCGAAGGAUUAUGUUCGUCUUUUAAAAUAUGGAGAUUCCUUAUAUCGGUGUAAACAGCUAAAGAAAGCCGCUCUGGGUCGAAUGGCCACGAUUAUGAAAAGACAGGCAGCCAAUUUAACAUAUCUUGAACAAGUCCGUCAACAUUUGGCUCGAUUGCCAAGUAUAGAUCCUUACACGCGCACGAUAAUCAUAUGUGGAUUCCCAAAUGUUGGCAAGAGCAGUUUUAUUAAUAAAAUUACUCGAGCCGAUGUAGAGGUUCAACCGUAUGCAUUCACAACGAAAUCUUUGUUUGUGGGACAUACUGAUUAUAAAUACUUGAGAUGGCAAAUAAUAGACACACCUGGAAUAUUGGAUCAUCCGCUGGAAGAAAGAAACGUCAUAGAAAUGCAGGCGGUGACUGCUCUCGCUCACUUGCGAGCCGCUGUGCUUUACUUCUGCGACUUGUCGGAGCAAUGCGGUCACACUUUGGAGGAACAAGUAAAACUUUUUGAAUCCAUAAAGCCUUUAUUUAUGAACAAGCCUUUAAUAAUAGUCAUGAACAAAGUGGAUAUCGUACGUUUGGAAGAAUUAUCUCCGGAAAAGAGGGCUAUUCUGAAGCCAUUCGAAAACGAUACAAAUAUACCUGUGCUAGAAAUGAGCACCAUCACUGAUUUUGGCGUGAUGGAAGUGAAACUGGAGGCUUGCGAGCGACUUUUGGCCUUUAGAGUCGAUCAAAAGAUCAAAACUAAAAAGGUGGAAGGACUUCUUAAUCGAUUGCACAUUGCUCAACCGAAAAGAAUAGAUCCUAAUCGCGUUCCGUGUAUACCGGAGAGCGUUCUGAAGAAGAAGCAGGCUGCGGCGGAGAAAGCCACAAGGAAGCGUAAAUUGGAGAGAGAGAUAGAAGAGGAGAUGGGAGACGAUUAUGUGCUUGAUCUGAAGAAGAAUUACGAUAUUGAGGGAGAUCAGAAAUACGACAUCAUCCCAGAAAUGUGGGAGGGUCAUAAUAUAGCGGAUUACAUAGACCUAGAUAUCUUUGAAAAAUUAAAUCAACUCGAAAGAGAAGAGCAGUUGAGGGAGGAGGCCGGUUUUUACGAUUAUAAGGUGCCAGAGUUAGGAGAAACGAUGCGCGAGAUCAAACAGCUGGCGAAACAGAUUCGUGAGAAGAAGUUCCUUAUGAAGGAUGAGGCGCGAAUACUAAAGGCUUCUACGAAACCGAUUAUGCCGCGUACAGCUGCGGCUAAGACCCGCGAUCGAUCGGUCGCGAAACUGAAGGAGCAGAUGGAAGAUCUGGGUGUGGAUAUGGAAGAUACUGAAAACGCGCACUUCAAACGAACGAGAGGACGAUCCAGGUCGCGCUCAGAACCUGCUAGAAAACGUAUGCGUGUGGAAGCGGCGUCACAGUCGCGUGCUCGCAGCGUCUCGAGACCACCGCGAGAUGAGAUGGGCGUUAAAAACACAGAAAUGAAGAUGAUGCUGAAAAGUGUAGCUCAUAAGGCACAGAAGAAAAUGGCCAGGAGAGGUCUCAAAGGCGAGGGAGAUCGUUUUAUUGGCAAUAAAAUGCCGAAGCAUUUAUUCUCCGGCAAAAGAGGAAUCGGCAAAACGUCCAGGAGAUAAAACUUUUACUUAUAUCUCACGUUAUAAUCCUUCAUUUAUAUUAUAUAUUUCUGUGUAUAUAAACAAAACCGUCAUCUUUGUAAAUGUAAUUUUUAAUCCAGAUUUUGCAUUCAAGAUACUGUAACGAAAUAUUUCAUUCAUCAACACGGAUGCUGACCUAUUUCUGUUUGAUUUAUGAUUAUUGAUGCGAUUACAGUUUGUGAGUGAAACUCACGUGCUUAUUAAAGAGAGAGCGAAGAUCGCUUUGCCUUUUCUUCAUCAUUAUCGGUCGCUGAAAAUAUAAUAGUAUAAUAGUUUUUUGACGAUUCGGUGUAGCAUAAAUGCGUGUGAUUGCACACAAGGUAACCUUCGAACUCGAAACGGGGUGAGCA